CCAAGAGGGAAAAUUUCUCGACAUCGGGCCUCUGAUGUGGUGCCACCAGGGGUUUAACGAGUUGAUGCUGGAGGAAGCCAGGCGGUGGCGGGUGAAGAGAAAAGUGUGGCUGGAAUUGAUGCAGAAAUCACCUUCAUCGACGGGGACCUCCCGAAUUAUGAACGAGGACAACGUUGUUGUUGAAGCCGGUGGAUCUGGUGUGCAGAAUCGUCUUCAGCUCGAUCCACAUCACAAUGAAGUAGAAAACGUCAGCCUCGAGCUCUGGCCCGAUCUGUUCUACCACGACGUGAUAGAGACUUACGAGACCAACGUCCGUAACAUCUUCCUGCAAGCCACCUUCCGCCCCGUUUACAUUAUCGAAAUGGACCAAGCUGUGACCAAUGACGAAAAGAAUAAACCUCGGUUGCUCCGAACUCCCUUUGUCAAAGACUGCCUCCUAUCAAAUGCAAAAAUGUCUGGGUCUGCGUCUGGAAGAAUGCGCGACUUUUCAUGCAGCUUUUCGCUGACCCAUGAGGUCUGGAAUGCAGGACCUAGCAUGACAGAUGCUGCUCGAUCUCUCUCAUGCCUAUCCUGCAUGAGAAACUCCCUCCCGACUUGGUCAAAUAAACUGGACGACUUUUGGUAAUCAAAAUCAUGCAGCAUAGAUUUUUGCAUGCUUCAGAUUUAGCAUGACAAGUUCAAGCUGCAUUCUUCCAGACCCAGACACUUUUACGUUUGAUACCUCCCAGAGGGGGAGUUGAUCUAUUCCCUCGACUGCCCGCCGGGGGACUUCAAGGGGGGUAUCCGGUUUGCGGAGACCGCGGAGGACUGCCAGCGUUUUUUGCUGAAAUCCGGCGCGAAUACGGCUUUGUUUUCGGACAAAUCGAUGGAGUGUUGGGCCUGGAACUGCAUGAUAGCGGACCGGACGGGAAUUGUAGUGUACAAGGAUCAGCCUGGAAAUGACCAGUUCACGGAGAAGAUUUUCCGCGUGCUAAGUACGUUCUGCGAGGACGGAAGGGGGCAGAAUGACGUUGUGUCGAGAUUUCACAGCCCGAAGUGGCAGUUUGCGGUGGACAGAAGAAACAGUUAUGGUCACGCGGAGCGGCAUGACAGGGCAACAUCCUCCUGUGUCCUGUCCGAGGACAAGCAACUGCGUUUGCAAGUCCUCCAAGACCGUGCACACCACCAGCAUUCGAGUACAGCAGGGAAGAUCGAAGGAAAACCUGGCGCGAGCGUCGACGUUUCAGCUGCAGAACAAGAACUUCUACAGACAAACUCAAGGAGAAAGAUACCCGGCAGCACAGCAAUCACCACACAACAUGAAGCUCAAGCUUCCCGUGUGUUGAACGAGAAGAUUCAAAACACCCUCGCGAAAAUCCGCGUCGCCUGCGUCUUACUAGCGGUCUGGCCUCACGAGGAGGCGGAGAUGCGGGCUCAUAGUGUCGUCACCGCACCGUACUGCGAUGAAGCGGCGUUUGUGAUCGCGAACAAAACGGUCGUAGGAUCAGGGACUUCGGGAUCUCCUACGGAUGAUGGGACUGCUUCUUUCUCCACAUACAACAACGUCCCGGUACGGAACCUCGCGAAAUCCGAGGCAGAAGGCGGCUUUUCCAUGGCGGAAGAUGUGUGGAGACAGGCGGACAAAAUGCCGAAUACAGUCGAGAAAUUUCACACGAGCAUAUUAGACGCCGAACGAUUUUUCUUUCAAGAACGCAAGAAUUUUCAACAAAACAACCAAGCUGCAACGAACGCCGGACCACAAUCAGAUGAAAGUCCUGGCGCAGACGAACACAAACAGGAAGACGCUCUCCACUAUUGGUACUGCUUCAUCGAGUCCGACGUUGCCUUUUUCCCGGAAAAUUUCAAACGAUUUCUGCUUCUGAAAAACCUCGCGACGGAGCAAACGAAGCAAAGCCCCCUCUACGUCGGCCAGACCUGGGCGCACUCCGUGUUUCAGGACGGAUUCCUGACCGAACCGAGCCAGGGCACGUGUUUGAACCAAAUAGGUUUGCGGCAACUGGUUCUGUUUCUGCAGGACUUGAGACAAAACCGGCAGCAAAACCCAGAGGUGCGUGACAGCGGGAAGAAAUCCGCCAUCCUGGAUUCCACUUGGCCGCCCGCGGGGCUGGACUGCGACCCCUUCGCGAAGGAACAGCACACGGAAGUUUUACUCAUUGCCAACACGUGCUUUCGGAACGCGGGGCUGCGCGGCAUCGCGCCAGCGGACGCGAGGGACUCGGUUGGAAGAUUAUUCUGGGCCGACGCCCUGGAUAGCUUGGUCUAUCCUGUGCAAAAGUAUCGUACUCGUAUAGCAAUCAUGCAUUACAAGGUAAAUCAGCAUUACAAAUUUUAUCUCUCAUGCUGAGGAAAUAAUGCAUUUAUACGAGUACGAUACUUUUGCAAUUCAUACGGUCCGGCUGUCGAGAAAUGUGGGGGAGAUUCGGAUGAAGGAUAUUGUCACCGCUUCAACACACGGGAAGAUCGGGAAUGCUGGUACAACUACCAUCGCACGUCGAGGCGGAGAAGAAGACGGUGAAGAACCUCCAGGUAUGCAACUGCAAGUGGAAGCAACAAGUACAACUGGCGCAGCUAAAUCACAUAGGACGUCCUUGGGCGAGAUUUUGCAAAACACCGACGAAAUCUUUCGUGACCGAUUUGGCUCUUUGGUAUACAACAAGCCGCAGCACUACACACUGAAGAACAACGCGUCUGCGCCGUUUUGGCUCUUUUUCGAGGGCAGCAACCACUUGUGGGAGCGGUGUGCGAUCGAUCAGGCGCAGAAUUUUCAUCAACCAAAGCAAGACAUGACUCCGCAGAUGAACCGACAGGACAUUAGCGACGAGAGCGGUGUACAGGAACUGGCUGAAGAUGCAAGUAGACAACUGCAGCGUGAUGGAUCAUCAGGAAGCACCAGUAUUACGCGCCCAGAACCAAAGCAGAAUGCCAUCGUCACCCCGAAACCCGUCGCGAAGUCUCUGGUGUCCAAGUACCCGGUUGCUUUCCAUCCGCACCGAAGUCUGGCCUCCGGGCGGACGCAGGUCCGGCAGAGUAAGACUCUCUGGAAAGCCAAUUUCUCCCUGCUGGCCGUCCACGAACUCGUGAGGAAGAGGACGGUGGAGUGCCCGGGCGCGGCGGGCGAGGGAGUAGAAGCCGGAUCAUUCUGCCUUGGUCGCGAGGAUGAGGAAAGUCCGAGGGUAUUCGGGUCGGGUGGAGCAGAUGAAGCUGAAGCUGUUGCCUCUCAACAGCCUAUCGAAGAAGUGGAAACCACACAGACAGCAGAAAGCACUGAACUGGCGUUAGUAGCCCUAAAAACGCGACGUGGAAAUGUUGAAGACCCUGCUUCUACUUCUCAAGCAGCUUCUUUACUGUCGCGGUUCUUUCACUGUUGGAGGACAAAAUUGAGAAAAACAACGCGACAGCUAGUUGCAAAGAAUCCAGAAAGUUUUCAGGCAAUAGCGAUGGAAAAUUGUUGA